AGGGGGGAGGUGUCUACGUGAGCGGAAGCCGGAAGUGUCUGCAGGCCGCAGAUCCGCUCGCCGCCCCGAAAAGCGGAGCUCGCGCCCCGUUCUCUGCUCCCCGCGACCAUGGCGGGGGUGAAAGCCCUUGUUGGUUUAUCCUUCAGUGGAGCCAUUGGUCUAACGUUUCUUAUGUUGGGAUGUGCCCUAGAAUAUUAUGGCGUGUACUGGCCCCUGUUUGUCUUGAUAUUUUACGUCCUUUGUCCCAUUCCUCACUUCAUUGCAAAAAGAGUGAGUGAUGACACUGAUGCAGCUAGCAGUGCCUGCAGGGAAUUGGCAUAUUUCUUCACAACUGGAAUUGUUGUUUCUGCCUUUGGACUGCCUAUAAUCCUUGCACGUGUUGAAGCGAUCAAGUGGGGAGCCUGUGGUCUUGUGCUAGCUGGCAAUGCAGUCAUUUUUCUUACCAUUUUAGGCUUUUUUCUUGUAUUUGGUAGAGGAGAUGACUUUAGCUGGGAGCAGUGGUAGGACUUCACUAUGAUGUUGGUGAUAUGCAGCAUAUAUGUUUAUAUACUGUAUAUAUGUAUGUGUGUAUGUUGGAAUAUUUGUGCCUGCACAUGUAGCCUUAUGCUAUCCGAACAUGAUAUGCGUUUUUACACUUGUAUGUCAGCCAAAUUAAGGGGAAAGAGCCUUCUGACAGCUUUUUAAAUAGGUACAGAAUAAGCUGAAAUCACAAUAGCUAAAUCUGUCCUUAAAUCUUUGUUUACACAGUGUGCACUAUUUUACUGACUUUUAGUUUUUAAUUCUGAUAUAAUACCAUUGGUAUGUAUGUUGGGAGUCAGUAACAUAGCUGACAUUUUUACAGCAUAAUCAAAAUGGGCCUAUAUACUGACUGUACAGUUUAGUCUCCUGGUUUCGCUAACUUGAUUAAUUUCUGUUUUGUGGCUA